AUGAAGUUCUUUAUAGAUGACUUGCCAGUCCUAUUUCCUUAUCCUAAAAUAUAUCCUGAGCAAUAUGCUUAUAUGUGUGAUAUUAAAAAGACAUUGGAUGUGGGUGGGAAUGCCGUACUAGAAAUGCCUUCAGGAACAGGUAAGACUGUUUCAUUAUUAUCACUUACUAUAGCUUAUCAAAUGCAUUAUCCUGAACAUAGGAAGAUUGUGUAUUGUUCCCGUACUAUGUCGGAAAUUGAAAAAGCAUUGAUCGAAUUGCAGAAUUUAAUGGAUUUUAGAUCUGAAGAAUUAGGUUAUGUUGAAGAUUUUAGAGGGAUAGGUUUGACAAGUAGAAAGAAUUUAUGUUUACAUCCAACCAUUUCAAAGGAAAGGAAAGGGAUUGUGGUGGAUGAAAAAUGUAGAAGAGUUACCAAUGGUCAAUUGAAAGAGAAAAUUCAAAAGGGUACCGUUGAUGAACUGGAUGAGUUAAAUUCCCUUUGUACAUAUCAUGAAAAAUUAAAUGAAUUAGAUCAACAUGAUCUUAUACCGACAGGAGUUUAUUCAUUCGAAUCAUUAUUGAAGUAUUGUAAAGAACAAGGAACAUGUCCCUAUUUCACAGUCAGAAGAAUGAUUCCAUUUUGUAAUAUUAUCAUUUAUUCAUAUCAUUAUUUAUUGGAUCCAAAGAUUGCAGAAAGAGUUUCUAAGGAAUUAUCAAAGGAAAGUAUCAUUAUAUUCGAUGAGGCGCAUAAUAUCGAUAACGUCUGUAUUGAAUCAUUAUCACUAGAUUUGACAGAUGAUACGUUAAAGAGAGCUACAAGAGGUGCUAAUAAAUUAGCAGACGCGGUAGAUGAAAUGAAAGCUCAAGAUAGUGAAAAAUUACAGAAUGAAUAUGAAAAGUUGGUUGAGGGUCUAAGACAAGCAGAAAUUGACAGAGAAGAAGAAUUAUUUAUGAGUAAUCCCAUAUUACCUCAAGAUUUAUUGGAUGAAGCUAUUCCAGGAAAUAUACGGAAGGCAGAACAUUUCAUUUCAUUUUUGAAAAGAUUCAUUGAAUAUUUAAAAACAAGAAUGAAAGUAUUGCAUGUUAUUAGUGAAACUCCAGUAAGUUUCCUUCAACAUUUGAAAGAGUUAACAUUUAUAGAUCGAAAACCAUUACGAUUCUGUUCUGAAAGAUUAUCCUUAUUAGUAAGAACAUUGGAAUUAUCGGAAAUUGAAGAUUUUACAGCGUUAAAAGAUAUAGCCACAUUUGCUACUUUGGUGUCAACAUAUGAAACUGGAUUCCAAUUGAUUCUUGAACCAUUUGAAGCAGAAGGUUCCACUGUUCCUAAUCCUAUAUUACAUUUUACAUGUUUGGAUGCUUCUAUAGCAAUCAAACCUGUGUUUGAGAGAUUCUCAUCAGUUAUUAUCACAUCAGGUACGAUUUCACCAUUAGAAAUGUAUCCUAAAAUGUUAAAUUUCGAAACUGUUGUCCUGGAGUCGUACGCUAUGACAUUAGCAAGAAGAUCAUUUCUUCCAAUGAUUGUAACCAAAGGUUCUGAUCAAGUUUCUAUAUCUUCAAAGUUUGAAAUUAGAAAUGAUCCUUCAGUGGUUAGAAAUUAUGGAUCUUUAUUAAUUGAAUUUGCCAAAAUUACUCCUGAUGGAAUGGUAGUUUUCUUUCCAUCAUAUUUAUAUAUGGAAUCUAUUAUUUCAAUGUGGCAAAAUAUGGGUGUAUUAGAUGAAGUUUGGAAAUAUAAACUUAUCUUAGUUGAAACUCCUGAUGCUCAAGAAACGUCAUUGGCUUUGGAAACUUAUAGAAAAGCAUGCUCAAGUGGCAGAGGAGCUGUUUUACUUUCUGUUGCUCGUGGGAAAGUAUCAGAAGGUAUUGAUUUUGAUCAUCAUUAUGGUAGAACCGUACUAAUGAUUGGUAUUCCAUUCCAAUAUACUGAAUCUAGAAUCUUAAAGGCAAGAUUGGAAUUCAUGAGGGAUCAUUUUCAAAUUCGGGAAAAUGAUUUCUUAUCUUUCGAUGCUAUGAGACAUGCAGCUCAAUGUUUGGGUAGAGUCUUAAGAGGGAAAGAUGAUUACGGGGUAAUGGUAUUAGCCGAUAGAAGAUUCUUAGGUAAGAAAAAGCAAUUACCUAAAUGGAUUUUCCAGGCUUUAAAUGAUUCAGAUACAAAUUUAUCAACUGAUAUGGCAUUAGCAACUGCUAAGAAAUUUUUACGUAGUUUAGCACAACCUACUAAUCCAAAAGAUCUGGAAGGGGUAUCAGUUUGGAAUAUGGAACAACUUCUUGAGUAUCAAGAAAAACAUAAACCUAAGACUGUUCAAUUUGAUCCUGAAGCAUCAGCUCAACCAGAUGAAAUGUUUAUGGAUAUUGAUGAUGAUGAUUUUGAUAAUUUAUAG